AUGAUUUCUUUUUUUUCUUAUUCUACUUACUUUUGUCCAUUUAACUAUCUAAGUUAUUAUGAUUUCUUGAAUUGUUCAAGUAUGAAAUUAAUUGGUGAAGAAGAUUUAUCAGCCUUAAGCUCUGUUUUAGCAAAAUACACUAAUCUCUCAAAUCUUGAACUUAAUCUUGAAAAUUAAAUUGGUACAAGUUCAAUUGGCUUAUCAAGCUUAGGUUCUGCUUUAGUAAACUGUACUGACCUGUCAAAUUUGACUCUUAAUUUUCGUAAAAAUAAAAUUGGUUAAGAAACUGCAUCAGAUUUGGCUUCUGCUUUAGCAAAGUGCACUAAUCUCUCAUAUUUAACACUUUUUCUAAGUGGAAACUAAAUUGGUGCAAAGGGUAUGCCAAACUUAGUUUCUGGUUUAGUAAAAUGCACUAAUCUCUUAAAUUUGACUCUUGAAAUUGGUGGAAAUAAAAUUGGCCAAGAAGGUGCAUUAAUCUUAGCUUCUGCUGUAUCAAAAUUCACUAGCAUCUAAACAAUGACCCUUGAUGUUACUUGUAAUUAUAUUUAUGCAAAGGGGGCAUCAUCUUUAUGUUUUGCUUUAACAUAAUGUAGAAAUCUUUAAAAUUUGAUACUUAACUUUAGCAGAAAUAAAAUUGGUGACAAAGGUAUGUUAGAAUUAGGUUCUUCUAUAGCUAACUUCAUUAAUCUAUCUAGUUUCACUCUUAAUCUUCGUGAUAAUAAAAUUUAUAAUGAAGGUACAUUAGAAUUAGGUUUUGCUUUAGCUAAGUGCAUUAAUCUCUAAAAUUUGACUCUUUAUCUUUAUAAUAAUAAAAUUGGAUAUAAAGGUGCCUCAGGCUUAGGUUUUGCUUUAUCAAACUGCACUUAUCUUUAAAAGUUGACUAUUGAUCUUCAUUGGAAUAAAAUGGGUACGAAAGAUACAUCAUGCCUAGAUUUAGCUUUAGAAAAUUUCACUUAACUCACAUAUUUGAACCUUAAUCUUAAUUGUAAUAGUAUUAAUGAUGAAUCUGCAUGUAGCUUGAUUUCUGGUAUAGUAAAGUGUAUCAAUCUCUCAAAUUUAGAACUUCAUCUUUGUUAUAUAUAACUUAGUGCGAAGAGUGUAUCAUUCUUAGGUUCUGCUUUAGCAAAAUGCACUAAUCUCUCAAAUUUGUUACUUUAUUUAAGUAUGUCUCACUAAUAAAGUUCUUCUCCAAACUUAAUGAAAAAAAUUCUUAAAUUAAAGAGAUUAGUCGUUAAAAGUAUAUAUUUAUAUUGA